AUGCCCGACGCUACUCAUGGCAUGUCAAAGACAUACAAUUCCAGUUCUGCUCCCCAAAAAGCUGCUGUUCAAUCGUCAUUUGACAUCAUCGAAGAAGGCAUCAAUGCAUUAGAUAUUUCUUCUGUCAGUAUCAUUGCUGAUUACGGUUCAUCUCAGGGAGCAAAUUCUAUUCAAGCAAUCAACAAAAUCAUCGAUUAUCUUCGACAAACAAAUAAAUGUAGUAAAUCUCCACUCGUUAUACACAACGAUCUUCCAACCAAUGAUUGGACGUCACUUUUCGAACUUGUCAAUGAAAACAAAUCCUAUUACAGCGUUGCGAGUGGUCGAUCCUUCUAUGAACAAUGUUUACCGUCAAAUUCUGUUCAUAUCGGCUAUUCAUCAACGUCAAUUCAUUGGUUAUCAAAAAAGCCAUGUAAUAUUAUGAAUAACUGUUUUGCAACUCGAAAUAGAAAAGAAUACGAGGCAUAUCGACAACAAGCACACAUUGAUUAUUCCAAUUUUCUCAAACAUCGAUCUAAUGAAUUAGUUUCAGGCGGUGUUCUCAUUCUGGCUAUUGUGUGUACGAAAAAUGCAGAUAAAACGGAUUUUGAAUGUUUAUGUGAUUGUCUUUACGAAUGUGCUCAAGCGUUGCCCAUGAAAGAAGAUGAACUAAUUGAGUUUACUGUUCCAAUGCUAUUUCGAUCAUAUGAAGAUUGCGUCGACGAAAACCUUUUCAAUCAACAUUCUUUUCAGUUGAUUAAAUCGAAGAUGCUGACAAUUAAAUACCCAAUUUAUAAACAAUGGAAAGAAAAUGAAAUUACACUGGAUAAAUUUGCUCGUUCAACGGCAUCGUUUGUUCGUGGCUGGUGUGAACCAAUGCUUGAAGAAAUACUUGUCAAUACUGGUCGAAUACAAAAUGAAAUUCCUGAUUUGUUAAAUCGAUUUUGGAAUUUAUUCGAGGAGAAGGUUCGACAACAACCACACGUUGUACACACUUUUUCAGAUUAUACAUAUGUAGUUCUGAAAAAAAUGUGA